UGCAUGUCAUGAGGUCUAAGGGAAACAAACUGACCCUCAGCCUUCUUCCAGGCAGCCAAAUUCUAAUGGGACCCUCAAAUAGCUCUGGCAAAGUAUUCUGUUUCUUUUGGACUUACUGAAUGCUUGUUUCUGCGAAGAAGUCCAAUUAUUUCUUCCUUUUAUUUUGUUACACAAGUUACCAGGAGAAGCAGCUUGAAACCAGAUAUCACAGGCAGCACCCCACCAGAAUGACUAGUAAUCACACAGACUGUCAUUACUGCCUGCGGUCUCUUCGUGGGAGGAAAUAUGCAUUAAGAGAGGAAAAUGCUUAUUGUGUUACAUGUUACGACAGCUUAUUUGCCAACUCCUGUGAAGAGUGCAAGCAACCUAUUGAGUGUGAUUCCAAGGACUUGGCCUACAAAGGCCGCCACUGGCAUGAAGCAUGCUUCAAGUGUGCCAAAUGCAGUCGCUCUCUGGUGGAGAAGCCAUUUGCUGCCAAGGAUGAGCUCUUGCUGUGUACUGAAUGCUACUCGGAUGAGUACUCAUCUAAGUGUUUCCACUGCCAGAAGACUAUUAUGCCAGGUUCCCGUAAAAUGGAAUUUAAAGGAAGCUCCUGGCAUGAAUCCUGUUUUGUUUGCCAGUAUUGCCGGCAACCAUUGGGAACAAAACCGUUGAUCACUAAAGACAAUGAGAAUUACUGCGUUCCCUGUUUUGAGAAGCAAUUUGCUCACCACUGCUACUCUUGCAAAAAGGUGAUAACUUCUGGGGGAGUGACCUACCAUGACCAGCCUUGGCAUAAAGAAUGUUUUUUGUGUGCUGGAUGUAAAACUCAGCUGUCUGGACAAAGAUUUAUUUCCAAAGACGAGUAUCCAUACUGUGAAGAUUGUUUCAGCAAACUAUAUGCAAAGAAGUGCACUGCUUGCAAGAAACCUAUUACAGCUCUUGGAGGUGCCAAAUUUAUUUCAUUUGAAGAGUAUCAGUGGCACAGGGAAUGCUUUAACUGUGUGAGAUGCUCUGUCUCGCUGGUGGGCCAAGGAUUCCUCACUCAGCAGGAUGAUGUCCUUUGUGACAGAUGUGGCUCUGCUAUAUAGUUCUGUAGAGAGCUAUACAGCUGCUUUAUUCUCACUGUAUAACCAUGUACUUCAUUACCAUGCAGUAAGAAAAUCAGCUAUAAUGCAUAAUAGUUAUUUAGUCAUCCAAGUAACUUUCCAAUAGCAGUUUAAUUCUACCAUAGUUCUCAGCUGCUUGUAGAAAUAAAUAAAUAAAUAAAUAAAAGCUCCAUACUGGCUAAGAAAACAAUUCAGAAGAGAUUAGUAAAUAUUUUAAAUCUAACUACAGUAUGCUUCUGAAAUCUAACUACGGCAUGCUUCUGCUUGUAACACACUGCACUCUGCUGUUAGAAGCUUAAAAAUUUACAUUUCAUCCCCCACGAACCAAAGAGGAGUAUGAAGUCUAUGUGGCAUAUGACUGGUGGUGAGGCAUUAGCACUACUCCACUGAUACAGAUUUUGGUGUGGAAAGCCAAGCAUAUGCAUUUUUCUGUUAGACCACAACAUUUAUCAGAACAAUGUCUCAUCUCCUUCCACACUUCAGACAAAGAACCUGCUGGCAAGCAGUUCUUCUAGUAUGAGCAGAAGGUAGGAGGAGGGGAUACUGGUACACAACAGGAAAUCACAGGAUUUCUUUCAUGUCAGAGGAAGUCCAUUCCAGGACUAGAUGAAGGGAUAAAAGGUCAUUUUCCUCUCAUUACUAAGAUUAUGCCUCAGGAAAAAAAAGUUUCUCAUGGUUCUAGUCAUCCAAAAGACUGAGUGGCAAGCCCUUUCCCAAAAUCAGUGAGCUGCACUUAAUUUUUCUUUGAGGCAUAAUUGUUUUAGAACAUAAAUACGUAAAUCUAUUCUUUGAUCUACUGUAAAAGGAGAGGAUCACCUGAGAUUGGAUAGCGCUAAUGUAGUUUCCUUUAGCUAAUAUGCCUACAGACUCCAACUCCAUUGUCUUCACAAGACCCUCAAUACCUGCUAAAAUAUACUUUUUUAUGAGCAGAGGCAAGAGCUGCCUUACUCUAGUCCCUUUAACUUUGCACCUUUCCUCCCCUCAAAACCCAUUUGCCAGCAAUCAAGCCACUGUUAACGACCUUACCAUUUCCACGCUGUUACGCUGUU